GUCCCGCACACCUCGCAACAAGCAGAGUGUGUUUCUGUUCCGCCUCACAGACAUGGCUGCUUUAAGUAAGAUACCACACAGCUGCUACGAGGUCGGUCAUACCUGGCACCCAUCGUGUGUGCAGUCUGCCGCAGACAUCACUAAAGGGGCUCUGGAGGUGUCCUUCAAAAUUUACGCCCCUCUUUACCUGAUAGCAGCAAUUCUACGGAGAAAGAAGAAGGAUUAUUAUUUAAAGAGACUUCUCCCUGAGAUCCUGUGGUCUACCUCUUUCCUAACUACCAAUGGAAGUCUCUUCAUUGUUUUCUUCUGCAUUCUCAGGAAAUUGCUUGGAGCGUUUUACCCAUGGUCCUCGGGGUUUGGGGCAGCUUUGCCGGCCUCCUACAUCGCCAUCCUUCUGGAGCGGAAGAGCAGGAGAGGUCUGCUGACAAUAUACAUGGCAAAUCUUGCUAGUGAGACUUUGUUCCGCAUGGCAGUGACACGGGGCAUCGUCAAGCCCAUUAGACAUGGAGAGGUGCUCUUGUUCUGCAUAACUGCAUCAAUCUUCAUGUUUCUCUUCAGAAGCAACGACGGUCUUAAAGGCUUUGCAUUUUCUGCACUAAAAUUCAUUAUUGGGAAAGAAGAGAUUCCAACUCACUUUAACAUGGCAGACUCUGUUGGCACACAGCCCCCUGAAAGGCCAGAUGCCAUAGAGACCGAACAAUCACAGGUCUCAGCAGAAAAAGCCGACCACAAGAGGAAAACUCUGAUCGCCUACACCAGGAAGCUGCUGGAAUCAAUAUGCAAACAUGGUCCAAGACACAGAUGUUGUAAACAUUACCAGGAUAACUGCAUUUCCUACUGUGUUAAAGGUUUUGUCAGGAUGUUCAGUAUUGGCUAUCUUAUCCAGUGUUGUCUCAAAGUGCCCUCAGCAUUCAGGCAGAUGUUCUCCAAACCAUCUCGGCUGCCUUCUGUCUUCUACAACAAGGAGAACUUCCAGCUGGGGGCCUUUCUAGGCUCUUUUGUCAGUAUUUAUAAGGGAACGAGCUGCUUGUUGCGCUGGCUGCGUAACAUUGAUGAUGAACUUCAUGCACUGAUAGCUGGCUUCCUGGCUGGUGUCUCGAUGUUCUUCUACAAAAGCACAAGUAUAACCAUGUACCUCUUCUCUAAGUUGGUGGAGACCAUGUACUUCAAAGGCAUUGAAGCAGGCCGGUUCCCUUACUUUCCACACGCAGAUACGAUUAUUUAUGCCAUCUCCACUGCUAUCUGUUUCCAUGCUGCAGUAAUGGAAGUGCAGAACCUCAGACCUUCAUACUGGAAGUUCCUGCUGCGUUUAACAAAGGGCAGAUUUGCUCUGAUGAAUCGAGAACUGCUCGACGUGUUUGGGACAGAGGCGUCCAGGAAUUUUAAAGGGUCUGUGCCCAUGUUGGACCCUAGCUACGCCACCGUAAUCAGCCGGACUGUGCUUCCACCUGGAGGAGACGCUAAGCUUGGGUGACUUGAGGCAAAAGUCUUGAGAUAAGACAGAAAAAGACAAGAGAAAGUGGCUCGUCAGAGUUACUUAGGGCUUUGUAAAGGUGACAUAUCUGAAAAGAAGAAAUAUUGUAGCGAUUCAAAAUCUGAAGAUUGGGUCCAAGCAGGAUGUUGUGACUUUCAUUUGUGAACCGGCACAAGUAAGCAUACUGACAGUGAUCGAACACUUACAGGUAGCUGGGAAAAAUAAAUACAGAUCCAUAAUUACUUUCAAACCAUAUCAUUUAGUUUUAAAAAAUUCUAGUGUAAUUAAACUGAGCAGAGCAGAAAUCUCACGAAGACGCCCUUUUCUUUUCUGAGUUGAAGUCCAGGCUGACAUUAGAUAACCUUCAAACCUACUGACAAUCAGUCUUCAGUUAAUAAAUUGUUAUAAAUUCAUUGGUUGUUCUGCUUUGGCAAAAAGACUGCAUAUUAAAGGCAGCCAUUUUUGAAAAAUAUAUGUUAAAAAUACUUUUAUAGCUAAUAAAAGAAAUCUAGUAAAAAGUCUGUUAAACUAAUCUUUGCAUCACAUUUAAAUGUAACAAGAUUAUAAACAAAUACUUUAAAUCACCAGAGAUGUCCUCUUACUAUGUUUUGAAGGUUUCAGAAAAUCCAAUAUUCUUUUCUGGUUCAUAAAAUUUAAAGUUAAAAUAAAGGUGAAAUUUAUUUCCAGCCUACUGAACAAGGAAAUGACCAAAUCUAUAGUUUUGUUUGACAGGGAAAUGUUUAAAUAUUAGCAUAAAUUGUAUUCACAUAGAGUGAUGUAAAUAAUCUCAGUUUCAUUAUGGCCUCCAACGUUCAGCUCGUUAUUCAGGAGGACUUAUGAUAUUAGCAGUUUUAGUUUACUACAUAUAAAACACACUCAUUCAUUUUUCUGUCAUAUCUUUCAGUUUUAAGUCACCAUUCUGUUAUUUGUGACUGCAUUGUUUCAUUGGUUUUGUUCAGAUAAGGGAUGGAAAGCAAAGACUGAAUAAAAUAUGGAGAAAGUAACUUCUUUGUUAGGUACUGAUGUGAAUGUGUGCGUAUGUUGAGCUGAAAGUUUUUUUGUUUUUUUUAAAUUCCUCUUUAUUUUCAUAAAAAUAUGUUCUGAGCCAAAAGGUGCAUCAGUUAGCAUGUUUUAUCUUCCUGGACCAGAUAUUUUCAGUUUUUAGACAAGAUAGAGUAAUGGAAGAUGAUGUGUGAACAGGUAAUAUAAUUCCUUUCAUUCCAGCCAAAAAUAAUGAAUCAGAUAAUUUCUUCAUAAUUAGUUUAAAAAAAGAUCACAGGCACAUUAAUUAAAUAACUACAUGUUAGCCAGUCAUAAGAAAUUGAUAUUUUUUCAGUUUAUAAGAAUGUUUUUGAAUGCGGUUUAGUGUCACCAGAACGUUUGAGAUAUUUCAUCUAGAGUACGAAUACACCCAGUUUUCCUCAGAGUAUGAUAUAAUAUAAUCUUUUUUUUUCAGUCAACGUUUGUUUCCUGUAAACUGGAUCACAUUUACACAUGCCUGAGAUAAAAAUAAAAACCUUUAGAUGUUAUCAAAAAAAAAAUGUCACAAUAGAAACGCAAA